AUGACACAAUUACUAUUCUAUGGAUGUCUGUUCUUUGCUUAUUCACCUACUAUAGUAUUCUUCUUGAUGGUGAUAGCACGUAAUAGUCAGUUGGUGAUCAUGUCGAUUGGAGGAUCAUUCUUUUGGCUACUAUCGAUGCUGUUGGCAUCGAUCUGGUGGUAUAUAAUACCACCGAUGCGUACACAGUUCUGGUUCGUCAUCCCGUUCACCAUCGCCUUCCAGGAGGCAUUCCGCUAUCUCUUCUUCCGUCUGUACAGCUGGGGAUUCAACGAUCGUCCAUCACUCGCACAGAUACAAUCAAAGAUCAAUCAAAUGAAAUCAAUGAAGGCUGAUCAACUACAACAACAGCAGCAGCAACCAGGUACAGACAGUGUGAUCAACACUCGUUUAGAGACACUAUCAGCGCGACCCAAUCAUACUCUAUCAUCUGCAGCUAUUGGAACAGGUAGCGGCAUCACUUAUGCCUUUGUGAUGUAUGGUACAAUCAUGUGGGAGUCACAGGGACCGGGCGACUUGUUCUCCCCAGCUUGUCCUGAUGUCAGUCUGUUUAUGUUGUCAGCCAUCUAUGCAUUGUGUUUCAGCCUCCUUCAUAUACUGUGGAAUGUCACUGCAUUCCAAGGAUACAGAACAAAGAAUCGCAUCGAUGUUGGCAUCGUCCUUGUCUCUCAUAUUGCCAUUUCAUACUUUACUAUGUUAAACCUUCAAGGUGGCAGCUGUGCAGGCGCCAUCGUUCCAGCAAUAUUGAUCACAUUGUUCAUGUUUGUUUACACCUUUAGGACAAUGCUAAGAGGCGACUCAAUCACAAAGAUUGCCUAA